CUCUGUGAGGGGAGCGGAGGCCGGGGCUCCCGGUGUCCCCUUCCCAGCGCCUCCCGGCCGGCUCCAUGGGCAUGGAACCGGCGCACCGCGGUGCCGUGAGGGAGCUGAGACUGCAUGUGGUUACCUGGAAUGUGGGCACAGCUUCUCCACCUCCUGAUGUCAGUAGUUUACUUCAGCUGGAUUCACUGGGCACAACUAUGGAUAUGUAUGUUAUAGGCUUACAGGAGGUAAACUCAAAAAUCACAAAUUUCCUGUCUGACUUGGCAUUUGAUGAUCCGUGGAGCAUUUUCCUUAUGACUGUAUUGUCUCCUUUGGGAUAUAUCAAGCUCUCCUCCGUUCGCAUGCAGGGAUUGCUACUUCUGAUCUUCGUGAAGCAUGUCCACCUGCCUUUCAUACGGGACCUUCAUACCCAGUUCACACGCACAGGCCUCUAUGGAUACUGGGGCAACAAAGGAGGUGUCACCAUUCGCAUGUCUCUCUAUGGUCACACAGUUUGUUUCAUGAACUGCCACUUGCCAGCUCACAUGGAGAACACAGAGCAGCGACUGGAUGACUUUGAGAAAAUUCUGGAAAUGCAGUUUGAAGGAGAGAAUAUUCCAAGUGCCUUGGAACAUGAUGUUCUCUUCUGGUUUGGAGAUCUGAACUUUCGGAUCGCGGAUUAUGGCAUACACUUUGUCCGGGAAUCAAUAAACAACAAGCGUUACAAUCUGCUCUGGGAAAAAGACCAGUUAAAUAUGGCUAAAAAGAAGGAAGCAUUUCUUCAGGAAUUCAUAGAGGGUCCUCUGCACUUUAAACCCACCUACAAGUUUGACCUUUAUUCGGAUAUAUAUGACACAAGAGAGCAGAAGUCCCUCUUUUGGUUUAAUGAGAAGAAAAGAAAGCCAGCGUGGACAGACAGAAUCCUUUGGAGAGUGAAGAACCUCUGCCAGCCUGCACCAAAAGGCGGCGAAUUCUCUGAGGAGCAGCAGACAAUUUCUGUUACUUUGAAUAAUUAUAUCAGUCACAUGAGCUAUGGCAUCAGCGAUCACAAACCUGUUACAGGAACAUUUGGGCUUGAGUUGAAGCCUCUUGUAUCAGAACCUUUGGUCACACUGAGUCCUGAGGGCGAGUGGAGUGCAGAACACGAUGUUCUCAUCAACUAUUCUGCAGUGCCUGAAUUCCCAAGCAGUGCCUGGGACUGGAUUGGCCUCUUCAAGGUGACUUUCAAGCAUGUGAAUGACUAUGUUACUUAUUCUUGGGUAGAAGAUGAUGAAAUUUCUUCUAGCAAAGAUGGUAAACAAGUUUACAUGAGUGCUGCAGAGAUACCAGAUGUGGGAGGUGAAUUCUUGCUUUGCUAUUAUAGCAAUAAUCUGCAAUCAGUAGUUGGUAUCAGCCAGCCUUUUCAGAUUCAGCCUAACAGAACAUUAAUAGGAAAGGAGCUGCCACAGGAAGAGAACAGUUGGAUGCAGAGACCUGACAAUCUGGAAUCGCAUGACGAGUUCUGAAGCAGAAAGGGCAUUUAGUGGUCCCGAUUCAGGAGUCAGAUGCUUCCUUAUGUCUUAGUAAGAAUAAAAGCUUAUAAUGAGAAGAUGGAGUAAGACAGUGCAAGACAGGUAGGAUUGUUCAGAAACUUUGUAAGCUCAUAGGAGAUAAUUUAUUGCAGAAACAGGUAUUUUUAUUGGUAUGGAGAGAGUAAUUCUCUUGCACUGGAUAAGAACCAUAGAAGUAGCACCUGCUGAAUGCUAUAUGUUUUAAGGUGGUAGACAUUUCUAGUACAAGGAUUUAAGCUAAGGAAGUUGUGAUCUGUAUUAGAUUUUUGGGCUUGCUUCUUUUUUGUAGAGGAUAUUUUAUUUAUGACACAAUAGUUACUACACUGUAACCCCUCAAUCGUUGAUUUCCAGAUUUUGAGUUUAAAUGAAGUUAUUUAAGAAGCUAUUUAUUAGAUAGAGCAGGUUUUAAAGUUUUAUUUGCCUUUCAAACAUUAGCUGCUUGCCUUUGGGGAAACACAGUAGCAAUGGGUCACAUGAAAACAUCUUUGGAGUGUGUAAAGUCUCUUUUGAUGGUAGAUCCCAUUUCUCCAUGCCUUACUGAUAGCUGUUUGUAGAAUUUUCCAAUUCUCAGUUUUCCAAAUUGAGAUACAUUUAUCAAAAUGUGCAUUUCCUGCUUUUUUUGUAAAGCAAAUUAUCAAUUUGCUUAUUGCAUUUCUCCCUCUGAUUUAAGAGAAGUAAAAUAACCAGGAUCCCACAGUUUCUGACACGAGGUGAGCAGAGCAGAGCUCCUGAAGCACUGAAUGGCAGAGCUCAUGGUAUUAACCCCAACUGGUUUCUGUUGUUAUAGUGAGUUUGGAAAUGUAAAGUCAAAUUUAAGUACUUCCCUGGUACCAUCCUGCCAUAUCAUUGCUACUCUUGCUACAGAGAUGAUGUGAAUUGUAAAUGGGGAAUUUCUGUGGAACAGAGUCUUCCUCAUGGCAUCAUCUCUGCUAUGAAAAUUGUAAAUCUCUACAAUUUAUAGCAAUAUAGGACCUGAAAAAUUCCUGUUUUUCUAGAGGUGCUUAAACCUUAAUGUGUCCUCCCAGUGGAGGAUGGAGAUGGACUAAGAAACAUUAUGUACCUUUAAAAACCUGAAAGGUAGGUAGUUGGCUUCAGAAAUGGUUUUGUUUCUUGAUGAGGAAAUGGAGGUCUUUGGAAAGGAUUGGAAGAGACACCAACACUCCAUAGAAACUCAGAGUGCAGUGCUGGAAAAGAGCACUUGUGAGUCUCCCAUGUUGUAGAUACACAGCCUCAAGCUACCUACCAUGUGUGGUAAAUAGAGUUACUACACACUCUUCCGUUGCUUAUGGAUGGAAGAGAGAAAGUUUGGUUCACGUGGAAGAGCAAAGCAAAGGGUGUUGUUGUAUUUAUGCUGGAGUCUUGCUUCAGAACCCAAUGGAUUCCUUUGUGCUCUUUUCCUCAAAGCCUUAGUUUUUACAGGAUUCUUUUGAGAUCAGAAGUUAACACCUUGAUGUGGCAUUUGGUUUGCAGUUACUUGCUUACAGCAUUCACUGUAUAAAGUCUUCUGAGGUCUGGAUGUCUUUGUAUGCUGUGGAAACUGUUGCAUAGGCUAACUAGGUAGGUAGUUGCAGUGUGGAGUUUAAGAACACUUGACUCUGUACAUUUUAGUUAGUGGUAUCUCAGAGUUAAUGCUCGGUUUUGGGAAUUGUUUCCAGUUGUAAGUAGUGAGGGCAGGUUCAGAGGGUAUUGUGUUCAUUGCAUGGAUUAAAACUGUGUAAACUUGAGGUUUACACUCUAUACAUUCCUCUUACACUUUGGAACAAUAGGAGAAACAGUUUUCAUAUCUGCCCUGGUCUUACAGGAAUUAGUUUUGCACUGAAUCUGUCAGAUAUGUGACUUUAUGGCAGUUGAGGGCAUCAGACAAAUCCCUACUGAAUUGCAAAGGACUUCUGCAGUUCUCAAGUUGGACUCUCUCCGGUUUCACUUGUGGAACUGUGUUACCAUGCUCCAUGCAAGGAGAUUGUGUGGAGAGCUCAGAGAAAAGUGGUCUUUGUAUUCCAGACCACAGCUGGUGAUUUAUUGUGGACCAAGAUCCAGUUUCUUCUAAUCAGGGUGCAUCUGCUGUUCACGAGCAGCUCAGAGGGGGAGCCAUACAGCCGCUUUACAUGGGUGAGGAGCUCAGGAUCCUUCAUGUCAUGUGAGAGCUGAUAACCCUCUCUCAAUCGCUGGACACAGAAGCUGCAUUUUGUAAACUAAUCCUUUGACCCACAGGACUUCACUGAGAAUGCCCACAGCAGCUGUGAUUGAAUCUGCUUCAGUGGUAGUAGGACACUGCACACAACUGGGUACUUCUUUCUUCAGUAUUAUGCACACAAGGGGCACUUUUGUUACUACUGUUACCUAUGGUAGCUUUCCAAACUAUUCCAUCACCUGUAAUCAUGCAAUUUCUGAUGAAAUUUUCUUAAAACACCUUUCAUUGGAUGUUAUAACCACUGGAAAUGUUUUUAUACUCACAUGGUUUCUUUUCAUGUACCAUUAAAAUAAAUCCUGGCAGUGAAGUGUUCUA